GGUAAAAGGGGGGGGUUGGAGGGGGAUGGGCUGUAGGUGGCGGGUCGCUGAGGAGAGGGACGGGGCUGGCGGCAGCCAUGGCCUGUCUGGUGAAGAAAAUAAUCAGUACUGCCAAGGCUCCCGCUGCGCUGGGUCCCUACAGCCAAGCGGUGCUUGUAGACCGGACCAUGUACAUUGCAGGACAGAUAGGUAUAGAGCCUUCCAGUGGGCAGCUUGUCUCUGGAGGUGCAAAAGAAGAAGCUAAGCAGGCUCUAAAGAACAUGGGAGAAAUCCUGAAAGCUGCAGGCUGUGACUAUGGCAAUGUUGUGAAGACUACUGUUUUGAUGGCAGACAUGAAGGACUUCAAUGAUAUUAACGAUAUUUACAAACAAUUUUUCAAGUCCAAUUUCCCAGCCAGAGCAGCCUAUCAAGUUGCUGCUUUGCCAAAAGGUGCCCGAGUUGAGAUUGAAGCCAUUGCCAUUCAAGGACCCAUCCAGGAUGUUUCAGCCUCUCUAUAAGUAAAGGCUGAGUACCCUACGCGUAGGACAGGUGCUUUCUUCCAGAUUGUGGCCUUGCAGUCUGUAAAACAAGCUUACAGUGGCUUCUCUGUAGGCAAACCCUGAAACCCGUGGAAGCACUGCUAAAAUCCAUUGAGCCUGAUCGUAGAACAGGGGCCUUACAGUGUGAUGGUGACGAGGUAUUCAGAUACUAAAGUACUCAUUUUAGGUGAAUGUAUGACAGUUAACUAUGGGUGAUCUGGACGUGGAAAACUAAUGACUUGUAACAUUAGGUUUUUAGUAGUUCUUUAAAAUAAGAAAAGGUCAGAAAUUAGAAAACAGUAGAACACUUGAAUUAGUAUGUUUUCACUUCUGUGUUUUGGAGAAUAUUGUAUUAAUUUCUAAACUAUCUUAAAUGCUUUCUUUACAGAAUAGAUUAGUGUUGAAACUUGCUCACAUUUUGUUCAUAAAGAAGGUAUUGCUUAAGAGGGUGAAUAUUCAUUUCAGAAAGAAGAAAAUUAUGCUUCUCUGAAGUAAUGUCCUUAUAGUUGUAAAUCACCUGCAAAUAAAUCUGUGCCUGCAACCUUGUUCAUAGUCUUUCUCAUACCAAUUCAACUUUUUACUAUAUUGUGGUGAGGGGAAAAAAAAGAAGACAUUCCAAUUGUAUGAGGGGAAAAUAUCCUGUUUAAUGACAAUAAAUGAUAAUUAUAUCUU